GGUUGUUUGCCUGUGACCUUUUCCUUUGCCGCUCUCUUUUUCUGCAACACACGCGUUUAAACAGGAUGAGGCAGAAACACACAAGAUCUGAUAGAAAGAGGCAGCAAUUCACAUCCUGCAAUUGACCAUGGACUUUGACUACCAGAAGAUUAAAGAUGCUGAAUUCCAACAGAGAGAAGAGAGACUGGGUGACUUUGCUAUCCACCAUCCAGUCCCAAAACCCCGUCCAUCUGUAGCUACAGAAAAUCAUCUCACUCCCAAAAAACCUCCAGUAAAACCCCGGCGGAGCAUUAAGGGUCGUCCCACAACACAGCAAGAGGCUGAUCAAUUAAACCAGGGCCAGCAGAAGGAAAAUGAGACGGCGGUAAAGCGAAUAGAUCCUGCACUGGUUUUGGGUCCCCCGAGGCCCCUGGAGGCUCUGUCUCCAUGUCUGCGUGCGAAUACUUUGCUGUGGUUUGAAAGAACGCAGCUGCCUCGACUGCAAACACCCGGACAACCUCUGCCCUGUUGGCUCCAUGGUUUCGCUACACGCAGGGAAGCGGAACAGCUGCUACAGGAUAAACCACUAGGGUGUUUCCUGUUGAGACUCAGCGAGUCAAAAAUCGGCUUUGUGCUGUCUUACAGAGGUGAGGACCGGUGUCGUCAUUUCAUCAUUGAAGAGGAGGAGAGUGGAGCAUUUGGUAGUGUGUAUCUAAUUGCUGGAGAAAGCAGCCAUCAUAAAAGCCUGGAGAACCUGAUCAGCUACUACACCCAAAAUCCUGUGGGGCCCUUUAAUGAGUUGUUGACUGUGCCUUGUACGCAGCCUUAUGUGGGCAUUGAAGAGAUUGAGAGAUUGAGGAACAAGGAAACAGAGGUAAAUGGGAAAGCAACAGAUCAAGAGGAGAAGACCAAACUGCCCUUAGCCAUUGGUCCAGCCGUUUUAAAUCAAUUACCCACAAACCCACCCAAUCAGAUCACAUCUGCUACAGGAGAGACUGUGCAGUAUGCAGCAAUAAGAAAGCCACUGAAAAAGACUCUCUCACUGCCAGAGUGCAAGUGUGUAGCUGAAACAGCGCCUCCUGUCCUGGAAAAUGGCACUGCUGAGCCUGCUGAAAGACCCUCAAAUCCUAAUUUAACUGGAGAUCAAGCUCAUACUGUGGACGCCCCAUAUGCUAGAGUUAAAAAACUUCCAAAAGCAGUAUCAGAAAAUACCUCCAACAUAAGCACCGACCCUGACCUACAGGGAGCGACGGCAGCUUUCACCCCUCCAUCCAUCCCAAACUUUGACUCAACAGCAGACCCCAAAUACUGGCAACUGGAGCCCCUGCACACCUAUGAGGAGACCCCGUUCACACACAGCCGCCCAGAGGACAUUGACUGCUAUGCUGUGGGGUGGAGAAGGCAAGCGAAUGAAGAUGCAGUAAACCUUCUAAAGAAUCAUGAAUAUUCGGAAGUGAACAUCAAGGGUGCUCAAGAAGGCAACGCUGUGCCCAGACCCGGACCUAGUCUUCCUCUUAGACCACCUCCAAGAUCUACUCAUGGCCCUUUGCGACCGGAGAUCACAGCACAGAGUUUUGGUGUAUCCCCAAUGAUGGCUCAGCCCCAGUACUCUGGUUUUCAUCAUUCAGAUCAGCCACGUCUGGAUGCUUCCUCCAACUCCAUUUAUGAACAGAUUCCAGAAAGAUCUAGACCACCUCUGCAGCCCCUAAACCCCAGACGCUGACCUCAAGACUGUAUAGAUCUCAUAUAUAAUAUGAGAUUAUAUAUAUAUAUAUAUAUAUAUAUAUAUAUAUAUAUAUAUAUAUAUAUAUAUAUAUAUAUAUAUAUAUAUCAGACAACAGCACAUACCAAAAUUAUGCAUUUGUGACACAGGACCACAAAACCAGUGUCAUAUUACUCCAUAUGGGUAUAUUUUCCUUUUAUGACAUCAAAUGAAAAUGAAGGUAAUAUAUUUUGUAAAUUUUCUAUUGUAAAUAGAUUAAAGCUCUAAAACAUUGGUAAGAAGUUCAUAUAAACAGCUUAAAAGGCAGAUUCUAGAUAUUCAAACAGUGUUAUCUUUGCCAAAUAUUUUUUCACAUGCAGACAAUUGGAAAACCUAUUUAUUCAGCUUUCAGGUGAUGUAGUUUAAAAAAAAAUGACACUCAAAUAUAACCUGUAUAUACAAUUGUACAUGCAUAGGUAACACUUUGCAAUAAAAGUACAUUAAUAAUGA